GCAGUAACUAAGCAUUUGUCCGUUCUUCGUUUCAGCGCAAUUGUAAAUUCUUGCACAAGCGAUUUAUUGGCUUUAUGAGUGAAUAAAAUCCCGAGCUAAACAAACCGCGCGUAAGAAUGGGGGUGCCGAAGUUCUACCGAUGGAUAAGCGAACGGUAUCCUUGCCUGAGCUCCGCUGUCAAGGAAUAUCAGAUUCCAGAGUUCGACAACCUGUACCUGGACAUGAACGGAAUCAUCCACGUCUGCUCUCACCCCAACGACGAUGACCCGCACUUUCGCAUUACGGAAGAAAAAAUUUUCUUGGAUAUCUUCAAUUACAUAGAUUUCCUGUUUCGGAUGAUCAAGCCCAAAAAGACAUUCUUCAUGGCCGUCGAUGGCGUUGCCCCAAGGGCCAAAAUGAACCAGCAGAGAGGCCGGAGAUUCAAGUCUGCAAAGGAGGCCCAGGCACAAGAGAAAGAGGCACGCGAUAGGGGGGAGGUCCUGCCAACUGAAGAGAGGUUCGAUUCCAACUGCAUCUCACCGGGCACCGAAUUCAUGGCACGACUGCAGGAUCAGCUGCAGCAGUUUGUGGCCACAAAGGUCUCCACAGACCCACUGUGGCGAGGCGUCAAGGUUUACCUCUCGGGACACCAGACACCAGGUGAAGGGGAGCACAAGGUGAUGGAUUUUAUCCGGACCGAACGAUCCCAGCCUGGUUACGACCCAAACACAAGGCACUGUUUGUACGGGCUUGAUGCCGACUUGAUAAUGCUGGGCAUGUGUUCCCAUGAGCCACACUUUGCGCUGCUUCGGGAAGAGAUAGUGUACGGCAAGAGGCAGAAUCAAAAGAGGCUCAACGUUCCUGAAGAGAUCACUUUUCACCUUCUCCAUUUGUCACUGCUUCGAGAGUACUUGGAGCUCGAGUUCCAAGCCUUAAAGGAGACGAUCCCGUUCGAGUUCAAGAUGGACAACAUCAUAGACGACUGGGUGCUGAUGUGUUUCCUGGUGGGCAAUGACUUUCUUCCGCACCUACCCAAUCUCCACAUUGCCCACAACGCGCUGCCGGUUCUCUAUCAAGCCUACAUUGACGUGAUGCCGUCUCUGGGAGGUUGUUGAUGCCAAGCCGGAAAAUAAAGCUGGACGUAUCAUGGUCAAGUUUACAGUACAAUCUGAGCCAAGUUUGGAUGGCAUCAUCCGGAUGAAAGGAUGGUAG